AUGAGUCCUUGUGCUGUUCCUGUUCUUCUUGUGCCCAAGAAAGAUGGGAGUUGGCGCAUGUGUGUGGACUGCAGAGCCAUCAACAAUAUCACUGUAAAGUAUCGACAUCCUAUCCCUAGACUUGAUGAUAUGCUUGAUGAGUUGCAUGGUUCUAGCAUUUUCUCUAAAAUUGAUUUAAAAAGUGGUUAUCAUCAGAUUAGGAUGAAAGAAGAUAAUGUGGUUUUUCUAGGCUUUGUUGUGAGUGCAGAUGGAGUCAAGGUGGAUGAAGAGAAAGUUGCAGCAUCAGAGAAUGGCCAAGUCCUAAGACAUCAUCAAGAAAGAAGUUGGAUUCAAGUGGGAGAAAGCACAGGAGGAUGCUUUCCAGCUCUCAAGGAUCGCUUGACUAAUGCCCCUGUUCUUAUUUUACCUGACUUCUUGAAAACUUUUGAGAUUGAAUGUGAUGCUUCAGGUAUAGGCAUUGGAGCUGUCUUGAUGCAGGACAAGAAGCCAAUUGCUUUCUUUAGUGAAAAGCUUGGAGGAGCCACUCUCAACUAUCCAACCUAUGACAAAGAACUCUAUGCCUUGGUCCGCGCCUUACAAACUUGGCAACACUAUCUCUGGCCAAAGGAGUUUGUCAUCCACACAGACCAUGAAUCUCUCAAACAUCUCAAGGGCCAACAGAAGCUCAACAAGAGGCAUGCCAGGUGGGUUGAAUUCAUUGAGACAUUCCCAUAUGUCAUCAAGUACAAAAAAGGUAAGGACAAUGUUGUAGCCGACGCAUUGUCCAGGAGGUACACUCUUCUCUCAACUCUUGAUGCUAAACUCUUGGGCUUUGAACAGAUAAAAGACUUGUAUGCUUCUGAUUCUGAUUUUGCUGAGAUUAUAAGUCUUGUUCUAAGUUUGCUUUUGGCCGAUACUACCAACAAGAUGGGUUUCUCUUCUAUGAGAACCGCCUUUGUGUGCCUAAUUGUUCUUUGA